AUGGUUUUGGUCGUUGUGACCAAGGAUGGAGGCGGCGGCGGCGCCGGCAAGAAGUUUAUUUCAGCAUCUUCAGUAGAGGAUGUUGUUUCCAAAGCCAAAGAGAAAUUCCAACUCCUGGAUGAAGUCACAUCUUCCUAUAAGCUGUGUGUGGCAUCAGGUGAGGCUGAAGGUCUCGAGAUUGAGGAGGAUGAAAUUUUAAUGGAACUCACUGAGGCACGCAAGCCUGAGUUAUUAACUCUAGUACUUAUUCCCAAAGACCAACUCUGGACUACGACUACUCAUCACUCCUCUGGAUCCAGUUCUGCAGAUGAUGAGGUUACACUGCAGGAACCAAUUGCCUCUCCACAGACUCCUGCCCCACCUAAGUGCCCACCACUGCCAAUGGGACCGCUUCUGGAGACACUUGACCCAAUUUUGAAGGAUCUCAAGAUGGACCCUCCACCUCGAAACAUCCUCCUGAAGAAACGGCGGGGUGCCAGAGAAGCUUCAAAGUAUGUGUCUGACUUCAUUUGGAAACGUGUGAGGAACUACACAUUUUCCACUUGCCAAUCUUACGUAUCUGCCCUGUUCAGUUAUGAUGAUGGGCUUCUCAAACCGUUGUUUCAUCGGUCUUAUGUUGGCCUAGUCCAUGAUACUGGAUUUGAAGCCCUUGUGACGUCAGUCUACAAUGCUCUGAAUCAUCUGAGAAGCAAGUCAAGAAUUGAAGCUGGGGAGACUCCUCGGAAGAGACGUGCUGCAAGAUCUUCAAGGGAUAAUAUGGCUGAUGAGGAAAUGGUUGAUGACGUUGAAUCCGAUCCCAAACAUCGCAAGAUAGAUGACUAUGGGUGUGUUCGUCACAAUCCGGGUUUGAAACCAGGGGAAACAUCUGCCUCUCAAGAGCAGAAACGACUUGCACUUUCAAGAUUAAGUGACAUCAGUGAAGGACCAGAAGUUGAGAAGCUCCUCAUGGAAACUUAUGCCACUCAGAGAAGUGAGAUAGUCGGUGCGCGUCCAAUAUCCAGCCUUAAAGGAGUUCUGUCACGCUGGCCUCAUCUACUGUCUCAUCACUGCUUUUAUAAGCAUGCCAGUCAUUUACUUGACAAGGAUGUGUUGGACACAUUUCUUACUUCUCUGGGGCACAAUGCCAAAGACAUUUGCCAGUACCUUAAUCACUUUUGGAAGCAACGUGUGAAUGUGCCUCCAGGUCUUGACAAGCUGCUGGACCAAUUAGAUGCGGCAGUCUCCUUGGAACGGAGCGAUGCUCCGUUUUCUGUGGUUCUCAUACCACUCCUUCUUAAAUAUUUCAAGGAAGAUACAGCUAUUUUAUUUCAGGUUAUUAAGUUCAAUGCUACUGAUGCUGAUGUCUUGGCAGCAGCGUCCAAGUCGAACUUCAACCCCAUAAUCAUUGUUCGUGGCAACUCCAUUUUUGAUGCAGAAGACCAUCAGGUGGUUUUCUUGAACGCUGUGGUCAUGUCAGCUCCAAGUUUCUUAGAAGCUAUCCUCAUUUAUUUUCUGUUUUAUUUUGUCUAUGGGCUCAAGUACCCCAAAGAAAGUCAAGUCACCCUAGAAUUUUGUCAAAGAACUCUUCUUCAAAUUAAUCCACCAACUGGUGCCAAGAGAGAUAGGACCAGGCGGGGAAGUUCUACUAUAAACAGCAAACUCAUCACUCUUUCAAACAACCUGAAGCUGUUUCAGUCUACUCGUCCCAGUUUUUAG